AUGCUAGUAGACUGGAUUAACUACUACGAUUUAGCCCUCUUAAAUACCCCUAGUAUUAGCACCUUCUAUUAUCUCUAUAAAGUAACCCUAGACCGUCUAGAUGAUAUAGUGGAACGUUAUACUAGCGCUAUUUUAUAUGCUUUUUUAGAAAAAGAGGAUUCUAAAUCGAUUUUUAAAGCCUUAGCCUAUACGAAAUUAAGGCGGUUAGAGCUAGUCCUAAAUCUGAAGCUUUCUGCCACCUAA